AUGAUAGAAACUGGAUAUGCUGGUAGGAACAGCGAUGGAGGGAUAUUUCGAGCUUCAGCAAUGAAAUAUUGGUUAACACGCAAAGAACCUGAUAUACCUUCACCUUCAAAGCUACAAUAUGACGAAAAUGACUGCGAAUUUCCUUAUUAUUUUGUGGGUGAUGAGGCAUUUCCAUUAUCGACAUAUUUGAUGAGACCCUACCCAAGAGGAAAUCUUAACUACAUACAAAGAGUAUUCAACUAUCGACUAAGCCUUGGUAGAAAAACGAUAGAGUGUACAUUUGGAAUGAUGACAGAAAAAUUUCAAGUUUUAAGUACUGCCAUUCGUUGCCAUGAUGUUGGUAAAGUCAAUGACAUUAUAAAAUCAUGUUGUAUUCUACACAAUUUUGUACGAAAAGAGAAGGAACUCAAUAUACAACUCAAGAUUUUGGAAAUGUCGAUCGUCGUAACACCGUUGACCUUACUAAUGGUUUUUCAUUAG